CUUUUCCCCAGAUCACCGUUUAAGUGCUCGGAGAGAAAAGCUUUUCUUUCCAUGUUUUUCCUGUUAUAAGGGGACCCUACAUGUCUGCACUGCAGGUCGCUUGCAGCAUCUGCCGUUCCUUUUUCCUGGCUUCAAGGUCAACUUUUCUAUGCAGUUCUUCGAGGAGGACCAGUUCUAACACUGACGGAAAGUCUGAGCCUACCAAGCAAUUGCUUAAGAAAGCAAAAUUGCCAGUAGGUCGUCUUGAUGAGCCAGAAGAGUCUAAUGUAGAAAGGGAACCACUGGAAAAAUUUCCUGAUGGCAUCAAUCCUACUACAAAAGAGAGGGGUGGACCCAAGGGCCCCGAACCUACUCGUUAUGGAGAUUGGGAGAGAAAAGGACGAUGUAUAGAUUUUUAAUGUGCAGUGCAUCUGCAUUGCUAAUAUAGUAUGUUUAUUUGUUUAAAGGUAUAAUAGGUAGAAAAAAUCACCUAGAUGUUCCUGAUGUUCUUCUAAUUUGUUCUUAAAUGGAGCUGUUUGUUUCAGGUGUAUAUUUGAUGACUACCAUGAAGGAUAUUUUCACCAAAUAAAUGUUCAAUUGUAAAGUCAA